AGAUAAAAAAAAAAACAAACAUCCCCAAGUUCCGUUCGAAGUGAAUCCGUAUAGCCAAAAUAUGAAUAUGAACGACGACGGAACAAUGGGAGCACCAUCAGCACCAAUGUCGGACGACCCAAUGGGAAUGGGAAUGGAUCACAAGGAAAUGAUGACUCAUAUGACUUUUUAUUGGGGAAAAAAUGCUUGGAUUCUGUUUCAGGGUUGGCCCGGAAGUAGCAUGGGGAUGUAUAUUCUAGCCCUUAUAUUCGUGUUUUUUCUCGCGAUGACAAUGGAAUGGCUAACUCAUACUAACCUUAUUCCAACGAAAUCUAACCGUAUAGCAAGGACAAUUAUUCAUAUGUUACGUGUCGUGUUUUCGUAUUUGGUGAUGUUAUCCGUGAUGUCGUUCAACAUUGGUGUAUUUGUGAUGGCAAUAGCUGGGCAUGCCAUUGGGUACUAUCUGUUCCGAGUACUUACGAUUGCAUCUGACAAAGAUUUAGAGGUUGCUUCAUUGGCUUGUUAA